CCUGCCAGACCCGGAAACAGCUCGACUCGAGCGCGGAAUCGCCGGGGGACGCGCGCGUCACGGUACCUUUGACUUGGAUUGAAGUGCAGCUAUGGAAAAAUGGAGCUUAAUGACAAUUACUGUCUUACUAGGACUUAUUGUACGGUGGACGGUAUCAUUUGGUUCUUAUUCAGGUGCAGGAAAACCACCUAUGUAUGGAGACUAUGAAGCUCAGAGGCAUUGGCAAGAAGUUACUUACAAUCUACCCAUCAAGCAAUGGUACUUCAAUACCAGUGACAAUAAUCUGCAAUACUGGGGCCUUGAUUAUCCACCCCUUACUGCUUAUCACAGUCUCUUGUGUGCUUAUGUUGCAAAGUUAAUAAAUCCCGAUUGGAUUGCUCUCCACACAUCCCGUGGGUAUGAGAGUCAGCCACAUAAGUUAUUCAUGCGUGCAACAGUUCUGAUUGCUGAUUUGCUGGUUUACAUACCUGCAGUUAUCUUGUAUUGUUGUUAUUUAAAAGAAACAUCAACUAAGAAAAAGAUUGCCAGUGCUCUCUGUAUAUUGCUUUAUCCAGGUCUCAUUCUCAUUGACUAUGGACAUUUUCAAUAUAACUCUGUGAGCCUGGGCUUUGCUUUGUGGGGUGUACUUUUUCUCUCUUACGAUUGGGACCUUUUAGGAUCCCUGGCAUUUUGCUUGGCCAUAAAUUAUAAACAAAUGGAACUCUACCAUUCACUGCCAUUCUUUUGCUACCUACUUGGAAAGUGCUUCCAAAAAGGCCUUACAGGAAAGGGGUUAGUGUUGUUAAUUAAAAUAGCAUUUACGGUGGUUGCUUCUUUUGCGAUUUGCUGGCUCCCAUUCUGCACAGAAGUGGAACAAAUCCUGCAAGUACUCAGAAGACUCUUUCCCAUUGAUCGAGGCUUGUUUGAGGAUAAAGUAGCCAAUAUCUGGUGUAGUCUAAGUGUUCUUAUAAAGAUAAAGAAUGUGAUGUCACCUCAAACCCAGCUUAAACUCAGCUUUGCUUUUACAUUUCUGACCCUACUUCCGGCUUGUAUAAAACUAACCCUUCAGCCAUCACUCCGACGAUUUAAAUUUGCUCUGGUUAGUUGUGCAUUGUCAUUCUUCCUGUUCUCCUUCCAAGUACAUGAAAAAUCCAUUCUUCUAGUAUCAAUACCAGUCUGCUUAAUGAUAAAUGAAAUUCCUUUGAUGUGUACAUGGUUUUUACUUGUGUCAACCUUCAGCUUGCUGCCUCUUCUGUUGAAGGAUGGCCUGCUUCUUGCCUAUGUGGUGACAACACUGGCGUUUCUGACAGUAUGUGCGACUUCUUUUUCAAUAUUUGAAAAGACUUCAGAAGAGGACCUGCAGCUGAAGUCACUCUCCCUUUCUAUUAGGGGAUACAUUCCUUCAUUUAAGGCAUUCCCAAAGAUUAUUAAGAGUCUGUUUAUUGUCUCAGUAACUCUGAUGGGCAUCCUCACUUUAAUGAGUGCCACACUGACUCCUCCACAGAAGCUACCAGAUUUAUUUCCUGUAUCUGUGUCUGUUGUUUCCUGCUUACACUUCUUAUUCUUCUUGACGUAUUUUAAUGCUAUUGUACUGUGGGACUCAAGAAACGGUAGAAAUCAGAAGAAAAUCAAUUAGUUAAAUUCUAACCUGUGAAAACUCAAGACUAAACUGGAAAGAGAAUAUUUUCAGUGAAAAUAUCAGUUACAAUAGGCAGCUUUAAAUCACUGUCUUAUUUAGUAUAUUUCCCAUGAGCUAAUGAAAACUAGGAAACAAAUUGUUUUACAUUUAAACACAAAGACUAAGCUAAUGACUUUUAUUUUGAGGAAGAGUAGCUAUCACCAAACAGUGUUUGAAAUUUAACUCAACUUGUUAUAUUCUCAAGAACUUUAAUACUUCUGAUAUGGUUUUCCAAUAUGAAAAGGCUAUUUGUAAACUGUAAAUGAUUAAAUACAGGAAGUCUUGACCCUUAACUAGCAGUGCCAGGUUAAUUUAGCAAAGCCACAAAUAUAAUUUGCUACUGUCAAGUCAUACAUUUCCCAGCAUGAAAUGUGGAAGAGAUACAAAUAUGGGUUAAACAAUAACUCUUGGCUGUUGCUUCUAAGUGGUACCUCUUGCUGGCCCCUUUUGAUUAUAUAAAUUAAACUGCCUUGCACACUAUUUCACUGCCACGAUGCUUUCAUAUGAUGUGCUUAAAAUCAUCAAGGCCACUGCACUGAUAUCCAUGAUUCACUAUCAUAGCUCAUGGUAACAUGACCAUCCUACUCUGGCAAUAACCCCUUUACCAGCUGAAGUCCAUUUUUAUUCUAACAAGAGAUUCAGGGUGCUGUGGUUGCUGCUAUUGUUUUUCCUACAUAUCUUUUUUUCAUAGGGGUAAUAUAACUUACAAACGACACAUCUCUGUAGAUAAUUGUCAAUUUUUAAAUUAAAAUCUGGUUAAACUGCAUUUUCUUCUCUAGAAUGUUCAGAGUAUUCUGUAGGCCAAAGUCCUGUUUCAUCAGCCACAAGUGGAACUGUAGGUUUUUGCUAAAAUGAAUAUUAAAACGACUAAUGGGCA